AUGUCCCUGCCAGAUCAGACUGAUCCCUUCUCCACCCGUGCGAUCAAAGAACUUGAGCCUUUGCUACCCCCACACGACGCAAUAUGGGAUGGCUUCCAGUUCAACAAGUCGCUCGAGAGCCGACUCCUUUGGCUGAACGAAGGCGAGUCAAAGAUCUUGCCGAGUCUCCGAUCUGAAGUCUUCCAGUUGGAUAUACACGAUAUCCCACUACCCGAGUUGUCGGAUCCAGCAUCCAUUUCCACAUCCGACUCCGAGAAUGACUAUUUCCAGAGCUUGGAUGGAGAUAUCCUCGAGGAUGAGGGCGAGGACGAGGAGGAGGCUACGGACAUAUGGGCGCUCCCAGAAAUACAGAAGAGGCAGCGUCACAAUCAAUUGGUCAGCUGGGACAAUUUCCUGGACACGAGGCAUCAGGAAUUGUCGUCGGGAUACCUUUCUGAAGCGGCCACCGGUAUACUCAACGGCAUAAUCAUAGCCAACAACAAGAGUACUCCGCGAGCUAUAAAACCCAACGUUCUUUUGAAUGCAGGCUACGAACUGUGCUUGGGUCGAGAAUCGGUCUUGUUCAGUUGGAAUGAAAUGGACCGAAUCUUUGCGCCCCAGUGGCAGAAUCUCUCGACACAUGCAUACAGCCCGAUGCUGGUGCAGAGCUGCUUUGAGGAAUUUGCAGAUGUUGGAUUGGCAAUCAAGAACCUCACAAACUCCCUUCGAGAAUUGGACAAGAGCUAUUCCCAUCUGUCAUCUUCUCGAGUUGCAUUUCUAUCCGCAUCCAGGUCCAUCCUGCAUGCCAUCCACCGAUACCUCUGUGUCGCCAGGCCCAACCUAAUGUCACUGCUCCAAUUGAAAGGCAGGAUCUUCAAGACACGGACGUUACUUAACAUUCUAGGUCAAUGCCAUGACGCCUUGGACCACCAGCAGACACAAGGUCUGGCUGUCCGGAGCCUGCUUCAAAAGGCAACAAUUGCUUCUCUGGAUUAUCCAAGCCUCAGCGAAUUAUUACAGAUUACUGUAUCUUGCACCUGCCGGCCGUUUCUCGUUGUCCUCAGUGAGCAGAUUGGGCUCAGCCCGGAGCAGCCUCAAAAUUCUCUCGACCAGAAGAUAGAUGCGAAGCUUUCGGGGGAAGAACCGUGGGAACUGUUGCUCGAGUCAAACUUCAAGAACGUCAUUCAUGAAGCACAAGAGAGCUUGAGAUUGUUGACAAAACAUGCACCAGAUUGUUGUCUUCUCUCCACCACUGCAUUCAGAUCCUCACCUCUGAAGGCACUCGAGCUCGGCUUCAGUUUUCAAGCUGUCUGCGAGCUGCAGUCUAGAGCAGUAGCCUACGAAGACGCAAUGAGGUCUCUGAUAGUUUCUGCAGAGUCGUCGGCCUCCACCAGUACGCUUGACACACCUGCUUCUGAAAGCUUCGGGCUUGGAGAUUCUGCCGUUUUGCAGAAAGUGUUGGCCAACCCGUUCCGGCUGGAAUUCAACAUCUUCAACACCGGCGCCCACUUAUUGGAAGAGAUCAAGGAUGACGAAUUGCAAGACCAGGUUGCAAGCUACCUAGAAGGACGAGCUUUGGGUGAUUCGAGGCUCCCCAUCGCUUUUGAGGAGUCUCUCAAUCUGUCCAUCACGCCCCUCAUAUCAGCUCAACAUCGCCUUCUGUCGUAUUCGGUCCUGCGCUUGUUGUUUCAGGAGCAGAGUUUUCUGUGUCACCUCGACCUGCAACGGAACUUUCACCUCCUUCAGAAUGCCUCCUUCUCUUCAAGGCUCAGCACCGCUCUAUUCGACUCGGAUCAGAAUAGCGGUGAAAGUCAACGAAGAACAAGUGCCUCUGCUGGUCUCCGGCUGCAGGCGCGAGAUACCUGGCCACCUGCUGGCUCGGAGGUCAGAUUGGUGCUUAUAAGUAUCCUAUCGGACAGUCUGAGCCUUGCGAAUGGCUCUUUGGACCAAACCAUCUCCUUUUCCAUUCGAGACAUGCCUCUUGAAGAGCUGGAGAAAUGCCGAGAUGUUGACUCUAUACACGCACUUGACUUUCUCCGACUUCAGUACACGGCGCCGAACGAGAUUUUGGAAACGGUUAUCACGGCGAGCAUAUUGGACAAAUAUGAUCGCAUCUUCCAGUAUCUUCUGCGCACGAUGAGGAUGCAAGCCUUGACGCAGAGUAUGUUGAAAGAUGAGAUCGGUCAAACGUCUGAUAACUUCAACUCACGCUCGUGUGACCGGGUCAUCAUUGAGAUGCAUCAUUUCAUCUUGACCAUGGCUGACUAUAGCCACAAUAUUGCAAUCGAAAGUUACUGGCGGAAAUUCGAAGCAGUGUUGGAUGAUGCUAAGACGCACAUCGACAACCAGGAAUAUGAAGAGACAUUGCGUGCGGUCCAAAGUCUGGAUCACCUGCGUGCCUUGCACGAGCGAACACUCGAUCUCGUCCUACACGCUCUUCUUCUGAAACAAAGACAAACUCGAUCGAGACAGAUCUUGGAGGAGAUCUACGACGUUAUUCUGCAAUUUUCCGCCGAACGACGAAAGAGGCUUGCGCCAGUCGCGCAGGACGGACAGAUCGACAGUUCGAUUGAGAAUACCAUGAAGCGCUUACGAAACGACUUUCGAACCAAAGUUUUGCAGUUUAUGGAUGUCCUGCGCUCCGGAAAACAGGCUCUUAACGCGACAGGCAAGGAGGGGCUUGAGAAGCUAGAGGACUCUAGCAACGAUGUGGAUAUGUUUGAAUGCCUGCUCCUACGGAUGGACAUGUCUGGAUAUUGGACCAGGCAGAGAGGCCAGGUUCUUACGACGGCGCAUGGCCAUCAUGCCAACGGACCUGUCAUGAUAUGA